AUGCAAUUGAUGUCAUUGUUUCUUGCAUUUUUAUAUAAUUUUGUUCCAUUCAAUUUCCACUUUGUCCUUUCCUUUUUCUUUUCAUUUUUUAUUCCAUUUCGUUUAUCCUUCCUUUUUCGUUUUUCUUCCUUUUCGUUUUUUCUUCCUUUUCGUUUUUUUUUCGUCUUCAUUUCUUCUUCAUUUUCUUCUUUUUUUGUUUUUCUUCCUUUAUGUUUUUUCUUCCUUUUCGUUUUUCUUUCUUUUAGUUUUUCUACUUUUUCUUUUUUUUCUAAAGUUUCAAUUUUCUUCUUUUUUGUUUUUUCUUCUUUUUCGCUUAUUCUACCUUUUCGUUUUUUUCUUCCUUUUCGGUUUUUCUUUCUUUUCUUUUUUCUACCUUUUCAUUUUUUUUGUAACGUUUCUUUUUUCUUCCUUUUCGUUUUUUCAUCUUUUUCGUUUAUUCUACCUUUUCGUUUUUUCUUCCUUUCGUUAUUUCUUCCUUUUCGUUUUAUCUUCCUUUUCAUUUUCUUCUUUAACUUUUCGUCUUUUCUUCCUUUUCGUUUUUUCUACCUCUACAUUUUUUUCUUCAUUUUCGCUUUUUUUUCUUUUCGUUUUUCCUUCCUUUUCAUUUUUCUUCCUUUUCGUUUUUUUUCCUUUUAG